AAAAGUUGCUAAUCAUAAUAAGUUUAUUUUUGUGUUGACUUAAAAAGAUAGUGAAAAUGGUGCAAGAGACUGUGGUCGAAGCCCCUGUAGUAAAAAAGGAGGAAGAGCCAGUGGAAACUGAAUUGUCUGAAGAAGAUAAAUUGUUGCAAGAUGAGUUGAAUUUAAUGGUUGAAAGGCUUCAGGGAUCUGAUGCUAGCCAAUAUCUGCCUUCACUGGAAAGUUUGCGCAAUCAAAUUCGUGCAAGUACAACUUCCAUGACAUCAGUUCCCAAGCCUCUUAAAUUUAUGAGGCCCCAUUACAGCACAGUUAAAGAAGUUUACAACAAAAUUGUUGAUCAACCAACAAAAGAAAUGUGUGCUGAUGUCUUAUCGGUUCUUGCAAUGACUAUGGGAGAUGCAAGAGAUUGUUUAAAAUACCGAAUGCUGGGGUCAGCUGAUCAAAUUGGAGAAUGGGGACAUGAAUAUGUGCGUCAUUUAUCUGGUGAAAUUGCCGCUGAAUGGGCCGAGUUGCCAGAAAAUGAUAAUAAUGCUUUGAAAGAAAAAUUAGUGCAACUCGCUAGUCAAAUAGUACCUUACAAUAUGUCACAUAACGCUGAGGCUGAAGCUUGUGAUUUGUUGAUGGAAAUUGAACAUCUAGAAAUGCUUGAACAAUUUGUUGAUGAAAGUGCUUAUCCAAGAGUUUGCUUGUAUCUUACCAGCUGUGUGCCUUAUGUGGCAGAUCCAGAAAAUACUAAUUUAUUACUUACUGCAUUAAAAUUAUUUAGAAAGUUCAAUCAGUAUCCACAAGCUUUGCGUCUAGCUAUGCAACUCAACGAUUUGCCACUUAUAGAGGAAAUAUUUUCAACUUGUCCUGAUUUAUCUGUAAAAAAACAAUUGGCAUUUAUGUUAGGACGUCAACAAGUGUUUUUGGAAUUAAAUGAAAAUAGCAGUGACUAUGAUGAUUUAGUUGAAAUUAUGUCUAAUGGAAAUCUGAAUAACCACUUUUUAAAUUUAGCUAGAGAGUUGGAUAUUAUGGAACCAAAAACUCCUGAAGAUGUUUACAAAUCUCAUCUAGAAAAUUCUAGGCCUCCUUUUGGAGGUGGUCAAGUAGAUUCGGCAAGGCAAAAUUUGGCUGCCAGUUUUGUUAAUGGUUUUGUGAAUGCCGCCUUCGGCCAAGAUAAACUUCUCACUGAUGAUGGUCAAAAAUGGUUAUACAAGAACAAAGAGCAUGGAAUGUUAAGUGCUACUGCCAGUUUGGGACUUGUUUUACUCUGGGAUGUUGAUGGUGGUCUGACACCAAUUGAUAAAUAUUUAUAUUCAGCUGAAGAUUAUAUUAAAUCUGGUGCCUUGCUGGCUUGCGGCAUUGUGAAUUGUGGAGUUAGAAAUGAGUGUGAUCCAGCUUUGGCUUUGUUGUCAGAUUACAUUUUACAUAAUACACCAGUUAUGAGAGUAGGAGCUAUAUUAGGUUUGGGUUUAGCUUAUGCUGGUUCAAACAGAGAAACUGCAUUAAGUUUAUUAGCACCUGUCUUUAAUGAUCCAAAAUCUACAAUGGAAGUCAUUGGUAUGGCUGGUUUGGCUAGUGGUAUGAUAGCAGUAGGAUCGUGCAACUCUGAGGUUACUGAGCUCAUAAUUCAAACUUUAAUGGAACGUAGUGAAUCUGAUUUGAAGGAUACAUAUAUGAGAUUUUUACCUUUGGGUCUUGGCCUAGUAUACUUAGGUAGAAAGGAAGCCGUAGAAGCUAUAGUUGCAGCUUUAGAAGUAAUCCAGGAACCGUUCAAAUCAAUGGCUGUUACUAUGGUGGAAGUUUGUGCUUAUGCAGGAACUGGAAAUGUUCUGAAAAUUCAAGAAUUGCUUCACAUUUGUUCUGAACAUUAUGAAAGCACAGAGGAAGAAAAGAAAGAAUCAAAAGAUAGUAAGAAAGAUUCAAAAGAAUCUAAAGAAAAAGAAGAUAAGGAAAAAGAUCUAUCACCAAGGCAAGCAGUGGCCGUUUUAGGAAUUGCUCUUAUUGCAAUGGGCGAAGAAAUUGGCAGUGAAAUGGCAUACAGGACAUUUGGGCAUUUGUUGCGGUAUUGUGAACCAGUUAUCAGAAGAUCAGUUCCUUUGGCUCUUGGCUUGAUCUCAGUAUCAAAUCCAAAACUUAAUAUAUUAGACACAUUGAGUAAAUUUUCUCAUGACAGUGAUUCAGAAGUAGCUCAUAAUGCUAUAUUUGCUAUGGGAUUAGUAGGUGCUGGAACAAACAAUGCCAGAUUGGCUGCUAUGUUGAGACAAUUAGCUCAAUUCCAUGCAAAGGAUCCAAACAAUUUAUUCAUGGUUAGAAUUGCACAAGGUCUUACUCAUCUUGGCAAAGGAACUUUAACAUUAUCACCUUUCCAUAGUGAUAAGCAAUUGAUGAGUCCUGUAGCACUUUCUGGAUUACUAGCUUGUCUAGUUGGAUUUUUGGAUGUCAAAAAUAUUAUUUUGGGGCGCUCUCAUUACUUAUUAUAUGCAUUGGCUACUGCAAUGCAACCUCGAAUGUUAGUCACAUUUGAUGAAGACUUAAAUAGUUUGGCAGUUCCUGUUCGUGUAGGAAUGGCUGUUGAUGUAGUUGGACAGGCUGGAAAACCGAAAACGAUAACAGGUUUCCAAACUCAUACAACACCAGUUUUGUUAUCAUUAGGUGAAAGAGCAGAAUUGGCCACUGAUGAAUAUUUGCCUCUGACACCAAUUAUGGAAGGAUUUGUUGUUUUGCGGAAAAAUCCUGAUUUUCAGCCUUAGUUUUAGUUUUAGUAUAAUCAAAAAUGUUGUCUAA